AUGUCAGUCCGGCUGGAUGGAAUAGGAUUUGCUGAAAAGAAUGCCAGACCGGAAGUUAAGUACGCCACACUAACUGUCGCGUCGAUCGACACCCAGCUCGGCGCUCAUUGGCUGAAACUUCGACAACUAUUGGUUGGCAUCCAGGUCAUGUCCUGCAUGACGGCGACCGAAGGUGAGCACGUGCCGGCGUCUAUAGCGCCCAGCCAGUCGAUCAAUGCAGCUGCUACUGGGUCUGUCGAACCUCCUCAACCUACUGGGCACUCUGACGUAGUAUCGGCGGCUUCUUCGCGCGCUGUACCGACCAAGAAGAAGGUCUUGCACCUGGUUAUUGACUCUGGUGCAAUUAUUAAAGGCACGAAUGUGACGGAUCUGGCCGAGAACUUUUGGACCGUGCCGGACGUGCUGACCGAGAUUCGAGACAAGAAGUCGCGCAGUCUGUUAGAGCGACUGCCGUUCACGUUGCAGACUCGUGAGCCGUCAGCCGACGCAAUGAAGGCAGUGGUCGAUUUUUCCCGUAAAACUGGCGAUUUUUCGUACUUGUCGCUGACGGAUCUGCGUGUCAUGGCGCUGUCGUAUCAACUCGAGGUUGAGACGAAUGGCUCGGAUCAUUUGCGUUUGAGCCCCGAACGGUCGCAGACUAUAACGCGCGAUGCAAACGGCAAGAUUGUUGGCGGAUCGCAGACUGCGAUUCCGUGUAAAUACUUUGGCUCGGCCAUCGGGUGUAAGUUCGGAUCUGCGUGCAGAUUCAAACACGAUGAAGAAGCUGCGCAUAGUGUGGAGGGUGAUGAGGCAACGCUGACGAAGAAAGUGGAUAUUCCGUGUCGGUUUUACAACACCGCAGAGGGAUGCAAGUACGGUGACGAGUGUUCGUUUUAUCAUGACCUGGCAGCGCAAGAAGAGCAGCCUGUCGACGACACGGAGCCGACCGAGCCUGCCACUGAGCACAUGAUCAGUGAAUCGAUUCGCAACGCUGACGUAAAGUCGCGCAUUAUGGGCCGGUUUGCGGCGUCGAGUAAUGCUGGUGCUGCUGAGGACGACGGCAAGAAUUGGAUUACUAGUGACAACUACGUCAAAUUUACAGCAUCUCCGUUCGGCGACGGUAAAGGUCUGGAAGAAAUCACGUCGCGACUUGCUGUGGCAUGCAUUACUACGGAUUUCUCAAUGCAGAAUGUGAUGCUGCAGCUUGGACUUCGGCUUUUGUCGGCAGACGGUAUGAUUAUCAAGCGUGUAAAGCAGUGGAUUCUGCGUUGCAUUGCUUGCUUCACGACGUCCACGGAGAUGGAGCGCUUGUUCUGCCCCAAGUGUGGUAACAGCACUAUGGAGCGCGUGUCGUACAGUCUGGGCCGUGAUGGUCACAUGACUUUUUACACACGGUCAAAUCGCCCCACAAAACUGUCAGGCACCAAGUUCUCGCUGCCCAAGCCUAAGGGUGGACGUAGCGGUGAUUUGUUACUCCGUGAGGAUCAGCUGUUGGUUGGUAUAUGGGGCCAACGUCAGCGCCAACAUAAAAAGGUGAUGCAGAGCGCUUUUGGCGAGAAUGUAGCGCACGAUCUUGGCGUGAAAGCCGAGAAGCAGACCAGUAUUACUGUCGGCUAUGGGCGCAUGAACCCCAACGCACAGAAAGGUCGUGAACGCCGCGGCAAGAAGAAACGCCAUUAG